AUGCUCGUAGAACCAGUGCUGAGGCAAAUGUCGAUACAGAGGGUAGUGGUAGACCUAGUCGAGGUACUAGGUGUUUUGACAAUUGCCUACGUGCUUUAUAACCGGUUUAUUCACCCGCUGCGCCGCAUACCGGGUCCUUUCCUGGCGUCUACCACCCCAUGGGUCCAACUCUACCAUGGCUUGAAAGGUGACCGUCACCUGUGGUUGCAUGCGUUGCACCGUGACUAUGGCACACAUGUGCGCGUGGCGCCAAAUUUUGUCUCUGUAAAUACUGAUCGUGGGCUACACGACAUCUACGGCCACGGCAAGCGGCUCCAAAAGGCAGACUUCUACAAUGCGUUCCCCGCGAUCAAGGGCGUGUACAAUACGCAUAAUGCUAUCGAUAAGACCACGCACGGGCGCAAGCGCCGUGUAUUGAGCCAGGCCUUUUCAGAUGCCGCGAUGAAGGGCAUGGAAGAUGUGAUGCUGCUGCAUGUUCGGCAGCUGUGUGCGGCGAUGGCCGGAUCCGAUGGUGCAGAUGCAGGCGAUCGCAAGGGCGUUGUCCGCAAUAUGGGUAAUUGGUUCAGCUACCUCUCCUAUGAUGUGAUGGGAGAGCUGUGUUUUGGGAAGAGCUUUGAUAUGCUCAUCGCAGAAGGCCGGAGGCACAUGAUUGGACUUGUGGACCGGGCUGCUAAUCGGCACUAUGUGUGUGGACUUUGGAUGCCCUUAGAUCGUUGGCACCUCGACCAGAUUUUGAUUCGCAAGCUUACUACUGACCGGUGGAAUUUCAUUAUGAACUCUCGGGUAGAGGCCAACAAGCGUGCGCAGGAGCGGGCCAUGGCCGGCCGGGAAGCCAAGAAGGACUUCUUUUACUAUUUGCUAAAUGCCAAAGAUCCUGAGACGGGCAAGGGUCUCAGCAUGCCUGAGCUUUGGGGCGAGUCAAACGUACUCAUGAUCGCAGGCAGCGACACAACCUCCACCACUUUGGCGGCCACUCUUUUCUAUCUGGUCCGUUCCCCAGUGGCCUUAACCAAGUUAACCGCUGAAGUACGCGAGGCUUUCACUGAAGUGGAAGACAUUGUCAGCGGCAGCCGGUUGAAUGAGCUUGUGUAUCUGAAGGCCUGCAUCGACGAAGCACUCCGUCUGGCGCCCGCCGUGCCCGGCGCACCACCCCGCGAAGUUAUGAAAGGCGGUGCUCUUGUGGAUGGUGUCUUCUUGCCUGAAGGCACCGACUGCGGCACACCGACCUACUCGAUCCACCGACAAGCGCAGUACUAUCGUGAGCCAGAGACUUACAUACCGGAGCGUUGGAUCGAAGGCGAGACUUGCCAGGCGUCUGGCGUGUCGUGGCAGAGCUCGAAAGAGGACAUUGAGACUGCGCGACGAGCAUUCUGCCCCUUUAGCAUUGGCCCGCGCGGCUGCAUUGGAAAGAGCAUGGCAUUUAUGGAGAUGCGCCUCACUUUGGCGCGCUUGGUCUUCCUCUUUGACAUGUCGCUAGCGGAUCGCCAGGGCGAGGAUGCCGCUGGCCAUUUGGCAUUGGUGGAUCACUUCACAAGUGCAAAAGACGGACCCAACGUGGAGUUUCAGAAGGUUGUGCCCGUGAAAUAA